UUAGCCCCUAAACCUGUGAAAUCGACUAGAGCCGUGUGAUUACCAGGGCUUGAGAGAGGACUCGGGAAGAAAGAGAGAAAUAAAUCAAAAGCCUGUCAGUGCCUUUGGCCACGUUGGAAGAUGUCAUCUCAAACUAAGUUCAAGAAAGACAAAGAGAUCAUUGCCGAAUAUGAAGCCCAAAUAAAAGAGAUCCGCACGCAGCUGGUGGAGCAGUUCAAAUGCUUGGAGCAGCAGUCCGAGUCCCGGCUGCAGCUGCUCCAGGACCUCCAGGAGUUCUUCCGCCGGAAGGCCGAGAUUGAGCUCGAGUACUCCCGCAGCCUGGAGAAGCUGGCCGAGCGGUUCUCCUCCAAGAUCCGCAGUUCCCGGGAGCACCAGUUCAAAAAGGACCAGUACCUCCUCUCACCUGUGAACUGUUGGUAUCUGGUCCUGCAUCAGACCAGGCGAGAGAGUCGAGAUCAUGCCACCCUCAACGACAUCUUCAUGAACAAUGUCAUCGUCCGCCUUUCACAGAUCAGUGAGGAUGUCAUCAGACUCUUCAAAAAGAGCAAGGAGAUUGGCCUGCAGAUGCAUGAGGAGCUCCUGAAGGUCACCAAUGAGCUCUACACAGUCAUGAAAACCUACCACAUGUAUCAUGCUGAGAGUAUCAGUGCAGAAAGCAAGCUGAAGGAGGCCGAGAAGCAGGAGGAGAAGCAGUUCAACAAAUCAGGAGACCUCAGCAUGAACCUGCUCCGGCACGAGGACCGGCCCCAGCGCCGCAGCUCUGUGAAGAAGAUUGAGAAGAUGAAGGAGAAGAGGCAGGCUAAGUAUUCUGAGAACAAGCUGAAAUGUACAAAGGCCCGAAAUGACUACUUGCUGAAUCUGGCGGCCACCAAUGCAGCUAUCAGCAAAUACUACAUCCACGAUGUCUCUGACCUAAUCGACUGUUGUGAUUUGGGCUUUCAUGCCAGCCUGGCCCGCACCUUUCGGACCUACCUCUCGGCCGAGUACAACCUGGAGACCUCUCGCCACGAGGGGUUGGAUGUCAUCGAGAAUGCGGUGGACAACCUGGAUUCCCGAAGUGACAAGCAUACUGUCAUGGACAUGUGCAACCAGGUCUUCUGUCCUCCGCUUAAGUUUGAGUUCCAGCCCCACAUGGGGGAUGAGGUGUGCCAGGUCAGUGCACAGCAACCCGUCCAGACGGAAUUGCUCAUGCGGUACCACCAGCUGCAGUCCAGACUGGCCACUCUCAAGAUAGAGAAUGAGGAGGUUAGAAAAACCCUGGAUGCCACCAUGCAGACCUUACAGGACAUGCUGACUGUGGAGGACUUCGAUGUCUCUGACGCCUUCCAACACAGUCGAUCUACAGAGUCUGUGAAGUCAGCUGCCUCUGAGACCUAUAUGAGCAAAAUCAACAUCGCCAAAAGGAGAGCCAACCAGCAGGAAACAGAAAUGUUUUAUUUUACAAAAUUUAAAGAAUAUGUGAACGGCAGUAACCUCAUCACUAAGCUACAGGCCAAGCAUGACUUACUCAAGCAGACCCUGGGUGAAGGGGAGAGAGCAGAAUGUGGCACAACCAGGCCCCCCUGUCUUCCCCCUAAACCACAGAAAAUGAGGAGACCUAGGCCUCUCUCAGUGUGUAGCCAUAAACUAUUUAACGGCUGUAUGGAAGCGUUUAUUAAGGAUUCAGGACAAGCUAUACCGCUUGUAGUCGAGAGCUGCAUCCGGUACAUCAAUUUAUAUGGACUCCAACAGCAAGGGAUCUUCCGAGUGCCAGGAUCUCAGGUCGAAGUCAAUGACAUAAAAAAUUCCUUUGAGAGAGGCGAAGACCCCCUUGUGGAUGAUCAAAAUGAGCGAGAUAUCAAUUCAGUCGCUGGUGUUUUAAAACUGUAUUUCCGAGGACUGGAAAACCCACUCUUUCCUAAGGAAAGGUUUCAAGAUUUGAUAUCUACUAUUAAACUGGAGAACCCAGCUGAGAGGGUACACCAGAUCCAGCAAAUCCUCAUCACCCUUCCCCGGGUGGUCAUCGUGGUCAUGAGAUACCUCUUUGCUUUCCUCAACCACCUCUCGCAGUAUAGCGACGAGAACAUGAUGGAUCCCUACAACCUGGCCAUCUGCUUCGGGCCCACCCUCAUGCACAUCCCUGAUGGGCAGGACCCUGUGUCCUGCCAGGCACACGUCAACGAAGUCAUCAAAACCAUCAUCAUCCAUCAUGAAGCCAUCUUCCCCAGCCCCCGGGAGCUAGAGGGACCUGUGUAUGAAAAAUGCAUGGCUGGAGGGGAAGAAUAUUGUGACAGUCCACAUAGUGAGCCAGGGACUAUUGAUGAAGUUGACCACGACAAUGGUACAGAGCCUCACACCAGUGAUGAAGAAGUGGAACAGAUCGAAGCCAUCGCCAAGUUUGACUAUGUGGGGCGGUCCCCGCGUGAGCUGUCCUUCAAGAAAGGAGCCUCGCUGCUACUGUACCAUCGCGCCUCAGAGGACUGGUGGGAGGGCCGUCACAACGGCGUGGACGGACUCAUCCCUCAUCAGUACAUAGUUGUACAGGACAUGGAUGAUGCCUUCUCGGACAGCCUGAGCCAGAAGGCCGACAGCGAGGCCAGCAGUGGGCCGCUGCUGGAUGACAAGGCCUCCUCCAAAAACGACCUCCAGUCACCCACGGAGCACAUCUCGGAUUACGGCUUUGGGGGGGUGAUGGGCCGAGUGCGAUUACGAUCCGAUGGAGCGGCCAUCCCCAGGCGCCGAAGCGGGGGUGACACCCACAGCCCACCCCGGGGCCUGGGUCCCAGCAUAGACACGCCACCCCGGGCCGCCGCCUGCCCCAGCAGCCCCCACAAAAUCCCUCUCACCCGGGGGAGGAUCGAGAGCCCUGAGAAGCGGAGGAUGGCGACAUUUGGGAGUGCCGGCAGCAUCAACUACCCUGACAAGAAGGCUCUCUCGGAAGGGCACUCGAUGAGGUCGACAUGCGGCUCCACCAGGCACAGCAGCCUGGGAGAUCACAAGUCCCUGGAGGCUGAGGCCUUGGCAGAAGACAUCGAGAAGACCAUGAGCACGGCUCUGCACGAGUUGCGGGAACUCGAGAGACAGAACACAGUCAAGCAGGCGCCAGAUGUGGUGCUGGACACCCUGGAGCCCCUGAAGAACCCGCCAGGCCCCAUCAGCUCCGAGCCCGCCAGCCCCCUACACACCAUCGUCAUCCGCGACCCCGACGCUGCCAUGCGGCGCAGCAGCAGCUCGUCCACCGAGAUGAUGACCACCUUCAAGCCCGCGCUGUCCGCCCGCCUGGCCGGCGCCCAGCUGCGCCCGCCCCCCAUGCGGCCCGUGCGGCCGGUGGUGCAGCAUCGCUCCAGCAGCAGCAGCAGCUCGGGCGUGGGCAGCCCGGCCGUCACGCCCACCGAGAAGAUGUUCCCCAACAGCUCUGCGGACAAGUCGGGCACCAUGUGACCCCCGGGCCGCGGCGGCGCCGCCCUGGCCGAGGGUGGCCUCCGUGACUUCCGCGCCCCCCAGUGCCCCUGGCCCGACCGGGCGGGGCCCAGGUCGCCCGGGAGCGCGGCUGUGCAGAGCCGAGGCCUGGGCGCCCCCCGCAGCUGGCUUGCAGCCGCGAGAAUCCCACAGACCCCCCGUGUGUCCGCGGGCCGCGGGGGGCACAGGUGCAGGAGCAGGAGGCCCGACUGGAGCAUCUCCUGAGGCUGGGGCAAAACGUUACAUGGCUUCCCCGCACACGGUCACUGGAAAAUGAUUCCCUCGCCUUCUGUCUACAUACGUGAAUGUGUGUGCGCACAUUCGUGUGCAUAUGUACACACAUGCGCGUAUGUACGUGUCUGUAGGUGUGUGUGUGUAUAUAUAUUUAUGCAUCUAUAUACAUAUACUAGAUCUGGACGCACAACUAAAUGUAUAUAGGAUCUCCUUUUUCUUUUUAUGAAACUUAGAUUUACCUCAGACCCAUGCCACCAAACACCUCCCGCUGAGUUACUUGGUGGGACUUGCAGGGACCUUUCUGGGAGAAUUUAGAAGCCUCCGUGACUGCGAACGAAGCAAUACACCACUAACCUGCAGAAAAACACACAAAAAAUCGUCUCCCACUGUCUCCAGAAGUCGUGGCCUUCCACAACAGCCUGCCCCUAACGGAAGGGUGGGGCAGGCGGUACCCCAAGCAGGCUGCUCCUAGAGGUGGGGAACCCUUCACAGAACCCCUCUCCCUCGUCCACCCCAGAGACCCUGCCUUUCCACCCGGAGGCCGAGGGCCGACUGUACCCCCCCCCCGAGGGCACGGGAGGAUGUUGGCGAGAUGGCCCCUGACCACAACAUCCUUGUGUUUGUACGUAGGAACAGGGGAUAGUGAGAAGCUAAGCCCCAUCGUAGCACAGCGUUCUGUGGGGUUGGGAAAAAGCAAAAAAAAAAAAAAAAAAAAAA